GUUCCUUUAUUGGGCGCUCGUCCCCAUAUCGCAGAUAUCGACAAUACUGGACCACAAGCUCGCUUGCCACCUAAUAUCUCUGUCACAGACUCGCCAUUCGUUAAUGCUGAUCCCUCUUAUCAGUGCUCCACCCUCAAUGCAGUCCCCGCAACAGAAUCUUUACUUAAAAAGUCUCGUUUGCCCUUAGCACUGGUUUUAACUCCUUAUAGAAGCUUAAAGGAAGGCGAUGAUUCUGUGCCUGUUGUUAGAGAUAGUGUGAUUGCAAGAUGUAGACGUUGUAGAACGUAUAUCAAUCCCUUUGCCACGUUUGUGGAAGGAGGUCAACGUUGGAAAUGUAAUAUGUGUUUCUUACUGAAUGAUGUUCCUGCCGCGUUUGAUUAUGAUAGUAUAACUCAACAACCCGCCGACAGAUGGAAGCGUCCUGAAUUAAACUACGGUUGUGUUGAAUUUGUUGCGCCAACUGAGUACAUGGUACGUCCUCCUCAGGCACCCGCUUAUGUUUUCGUUAUCGAUGUAUCCUAUUCAGCCAUUCAAUCCGGUAUGGUAGCCACAGCUGCUCGUACUAUUCUUGAUUCCCUUGAACGUUUACCCAACGACGAGAAUCGUACAAAAGUUGCCAUUAUCACUGUUGAUUCAUCUCUUCAUUUUUACAAUUUGAACCCAAGCUUGAACGAGCCUCAGAUGUUGGUUGUUUCUGAUCUGGAUGAUGUCUAUCUGCCUUCACCUUCUGAUUUAUUAGUCAAUCUGACCGAAUCAAUCCACAUCUUGAAGACAUUAUUAGAAAAGUUACCUGAAUUGUUCAAGGACUCAAUGAACGUAAAUAACGCGUUAGGAACAGGUUUACAAGCUGCAUUCAAAAUGUUGUCUCCUAUUGGUGGUAAGAUCAUUUGCUUACAGUCCACUUUACCCAAUACGGGUGCUGGUGCAUUAAAGCCUCGUGAAGAUGUCAAGUUGCUCGGAACCUCUAAGGAAUCUUCUCUACUUAACGCUGCUUCACCAUUUUACAAGUCAUUUGCUGUUGAUUGUUCUCGUUCCCAAGUUGCAUGCGACAUGGUCAUCUUUGGAGGCCAAUACUCUGAUGUCGCCACACUCAGCUGUGUGCCUCAUUACACAGGUGGUCAAACAUACUAUUAUCCUGGCUUCAACGCUAGUCGCACUGAAGAUGCUAUCAAAUUUGCCCAUGAAUUUUCUGAAUUACUAGCAGAACAGAUUGGUUUGGAAGCAGUCAUUCGUAUCCGUGCCUCUCGCGGCCUACGCAUGAGCGCCUUCCACGGAAACUUCUUUAUUCGUUCGUCUGAUCUCUUAGCCCUUCCCAACGUACCUCGCGAUCAGAAAUAUGUUGUUGAGGUUACUAUGGAAGAUGACUUAAAGACCCCUACUGUUUGUUUCCAGACCGCUUUAUUACACACUGCAUGUAAUGGCGAAAGACGCAUUCGAGUUGUUACCACUUGCUUACCUGUCAGCAGUACAAUGUCUGAAUUAUACGCAAGCGCAAAUCAGCAAGCCAUCACCGCUUAUCUUGGUGUGAAGGCUGUCGAACGAGGUUUGACAUCCAAAUUAGAUGACGCACGUGAUGCAGUUGUAAACAAGCUAGUUGACAUCUUUGGUGUAUACAAGACACAUGUUUUAGGAUCUGGUCAAGGCUCAACGCCACAGCUGACCGCACCAGACAAUCUCAAGUUAUUGCCCCUGCUCGCCCUUGGUUUGCUCAAACACGACGGUCUUCGUCAAAGCUCUCAGAUUCCCUCAGAUAUGAGGUCGAAUGCCAUGAACUUGUUGACCACUAUGCCAAUUCAGCUUUUAAUUCCAUAUCUCUAUGCCAACCUCUAUUCUUUACACAAUAUGCCUCCUGAGGCCGGUGAAUUUUCAGAAAAGGGCGUCAUAUUCCCACCUGUGUUAAAUCUAACAGCUGAAAACUUAGAACCUCAUGGCUGCUAUCUUUUAGAAAAUGGACAAAACAUGUACAUAUGGGUCGGCCGCAAUGUUGUGCCCCAGCUUUGUGUCGAUCUAUUUGAUGUCAAAUCGUACGAAGGCUUAAAGGGCGGCAAGAUUACUUUACCAGUUUUGAACACACCAUUGAACAAAAAAGUCAAUACGAUCAUUGGCAAGGUGAGAGAAAUGCGCCGUGGCAAUUAUCAUCCUACACUGUAUCUAGUCAAGGAAGACGGUGAUCCAUACCUUCGUCUAUGGUUCUUGGCUCAUUUAAUUGAAGAUCGUACAGAUAACAUCAUGAGUUACCAACAAUUCUUACAACACAUUAAGGACAGAGUAAGUCUUAAGUAA